AUGAGCCAUGCCCUCCUCCGAAUCCGCCUGAGCUUAUUAAAAUCUUCUAGAAAGAGUCGACGGAGUCUUCUCCCGAUUCCUUGUGGGUCGGGCUGUUCGGAGACUCGAAACCAUUUGACUUUGAAUUCCUUUCCUAGAGAACCUCUCCUAAACUGGGUAAGCCAAGGCCCUCUCCAACUGCCCCCAGAACGACCGGGACGAAAGGAAAGAGCCAGUGGAUUCUCCUCCUAUUCCUCAAACAAAGGGCUUGCUUCGGGUUUAGCCCUGCGGAUAUUCUUCUACACUUCACUCGCUUUCAAUAGAAAAGUUUCAUUUUACCUUUGCCCUCCUUUCUUUCAAAAUAAGGCAAAGGCUAUUUUAGCCAUUUGCCGCCUUAGGACAGAAACUGCUGAUAUCCGAAUAAAAAAAAGAAAAGGCUUAAGCUGGAGCUGA